GGCAUUGAUUAUCAUGUGUCGCAUAUCAUGUGACACGCAUGUGUAACCUUAAAGACUUAUUAAUACUUGAUUUAUUCUAGUUUUGGAUAUCUUGGUGAACACUUGUAAAGAGACUUUUUGUAAAUGCGCACAAUGUAUCUGGCAGUGAGAUUCUUUUUACUGACAUGUAUUCCAUUAAAUAGUGUAUUGAAUGUUAGUGGUCAAGAAUGUAUCUUCGAAUGUGAAUGGGAAACAUGGGGAAGUUGGACAGCAUGUUUGGAGACAUGCGAUAUUUGGGAACAGAAGUUCAGAACCAGGUCACCAUGCUGCCCGGAUUAUAUACUAGACAUAGACGAUUGCAUUGACUAUUGUGGGCUAUACUAUUCCGACUCUGAGGACCAGGACGACUGUGGAUGUUCUAACGGUGGAACAUUGUCAUUCCCUUCACUCGCAUGUUCCUGUAAAAGCGGUUUCAAUGGCACGUGUUGUGAACAACAUGAUGAAGCAUCCAAGGACGAAGAUAACAAUCCGGCAUUGGCAAUCGGGCUUUCUACUUCCGGAGCUAUAAUUGUAAUUCUUGGUGUUGCUGUUGUUGUCUUCUUUGUGAUCAAAAGGCGCCGAUCCAAUGCUGGGACAAGAACAGAAUCUCCUGUACCUAACCACAGAGAUAAUGUUCCCGUCGCGAACCCAUUCCAAUUUAAUAUUAUUGUCAACUCGUCGAACACUGAUGUAAACAGAGGCUGUGAGAUAAACCCCAACAAUGAGAGGGAGCGAUCUAAUGCUGACACAAGAGCGGAAUGGCCUGUAUCGUAUAAUAAAGAAAAUGUUUCCUUCGAGAGGCCUGAGCAAAUAAUGGAUAGUCCCGCCCACUCGCCGAACACUUAUGCAAACAAAGGCUUUGAGACGAACCCCAGCGAUGAAAGGCGGCGAUCCAAUGAUGAGACAAGAACGGAAUGUCCUGUACCUUGUCUUAAAGGUAAGGUUUCUGUCGAGAGGACUGAACAAGAAAACGAUAUUCCCGCCCAAUCGCCGAACACUGAUGUAAACAAAGGCUGUGAAACCAUCAAAGGCUAUGAAACCAUCAAAGGCUGUGAAACCAAAAAAGGCUGUGAAACCGAAAAAGGCUAUGAAACCAUCAAAGGCUGUGAAACCAAAAAAGGCUGUGAAACCGAAAAAGGCUAUGAAACCAUCAAAGGCUGUGAAACCAAAAAAGGCUGUGAAACCGAAAAAGGCUAUGAAACCAUCAAAGGCUGUGAAACCAACAAAGGCUGUGAAACCAACCAAGAAUCAGGCUCGGAUGAAAUUGAACAAAAAAUAUUUUCUUCCUCCUUGGAAAUUGAAACAAACUAAUUUAUUACUUAAAGUGAUAUCCUUAUUUUAAAUCAAUACAUACACAUGUAUAACAAACAUAAAUUUCUUAGACCUACUGUAUGGCUACAUGUUUUAGAAAUGAUAACAGUAUGUAAGCAAAUAUACCACACAUCUUCUUUUUUAAAGAAUCUUGAUCGGAUUUGAAUAUUAUAUGUUUAUUGAACUAAAUAACUACUAGGAACGGAAUUUACAUAAGUUUUAAGUAACUUGUUUUCCAAUCCUUAUUAUUUGUAUUGUUGUUAAAUACCUUAUAUAUUUAAAUUUGAAAUAAAUACUGUUUAAACUAACAAACAUAAAUUUAGAGUGACAAACCUUAAUCUACAUGUACUUACUAAAAAUGCAUUUAUGGAAAAUAUUCAUUACUGAUAACAAGAUUGUAACCGUGUAUUUCAUAGCUGAAACGCACAAAUAUUGAAUGAUUGGUGAGUGCUAAACGAUUUACAGUGAUCAACUAUCGUCUCAUUAGAAAGAAAUACAGUUUUUUUUCUGCACUUUCCUUUCAAUUAAACACGGCAUCCUUCAUAAGAACCAUUAUUUGUGAUAUUUGUUCAUCCUUUUCGGUAAAUUUUAUUUCUUUUAGUACAUCUUAGAGUGUAUCUUUAAAUAUUGUUUUUCUUUCAAAUUUAAGUUGAAAAUAUUAUUGUUUUGGAUAUACUUUAAACGUAUUCAAUUUUUUCGUUGAUGCCUCUGAUACGAAAUGAAAAUGCUAUUGAAUGCGUAAUAAGAAGAAUUUAUAUUUUCUUCUAGUAAUGUCACCAAAAUUGGUAGAAGAUCUGAAUAACUUGCUGUUGGUCUUUUACUUAUAAAUAUAUGUGUAAUUGAAACAUGUGAUAGAUCGUUAUGAUUUACAAAUACGCAUAUGACUGUGAGGUAUUCAACAAAUGUUAUCCUUUAUAAGAACCAUCGUUUUUUUAUAUUUAUUCAUCCUUUUCGGUACAUUUAAACAACUGUAUUAAUUGUGGUACUGCUUAUUUGGGUCAGAGUGCAUCCUUAGAAAAAUAUACGAUUUCACCAAACAUAAAUGGUUGUUAGUGACACGUUAUUGAUUUUGUGAUUUUGAUUAAAGUUCCUUUUAAUGAGGAUCUGCAGAAAAUGACAUGAGCAUA